AUGGAAACGUCGCAUCGUCGCCCCAACGGUCGCUUGGCAGCGUGCAACCCCUGCCGGGCGCGCAAAGUGUCUUGCGACCACCGCCGACCGGCAUGCACCCGCUGCCUCAAGAAGGACCAGGGCGCCCAGUGCUUCUACUCAGGACCGUGUCCUAGAAAAGGCCGAGAGACUUCUUCACAGCUCUCAGACCCGAUUUCAUCGUUUACGGAUCCGCCGCCGCCGCCGCCACCACCACCGUUACCGCUGGCGCUAGAGCCAACCAGUCACUCGGCAGGCUCACCAGUGCUGCCAACGCCUUGGCCCAGUGCGCGACUCGGCCACACUUCGGUCCUGGAAGAGACUCAGAGCAGUCUUUUGCUACUAGGCGGCGCGAGCACGCCUGACGACGAGUGUAGUUGCGCCGCGCCAUGCCAACCAGCCGUGCUGUUUCAGGAGCUGCCGUACAUGAUCCGCGAGACGUGCCUCACCGUGUUGCGCGCGCUUCCUGGACAAAAGGACGAGCAGAUGACUUACCUCGACGGCAAGGUGGACCCGAAGGGGUGGACGUAUAUUGCAGUGGACCGCAUAAUUCGCAAUCUUCGAAGAAUGUUUGCGGCGUCGCAGCACCUGGGCGAGGACAAGGCGCUAGAGGCCAUUGCUCAGACGCUCUGCAACAACACGUCAAAGUCCUUCCAAAGCGACUACCCAGAUUGCAAAUCCUGGCUGGACUCGUUCUGCGGCAGUAACCUGCGAUGGGAAUCGAUCGGCCUGCUGUGGGCGCACAUGGAACGUGCUUCCGAUAUGUUUGACGCCCUCAACCAGACGCUCCUGGUCCGGUCCAAGAACAACACUUCUGUCGAAGCAGGCCGCGUCAAUCUAGGAUACUGUAUCAAGCUUGCGCGGCGCUUUAAUGGCGCCAGCGUACUUUUAUUUGACCUGACCCGUCGCCUCUCAACACUCGACUCGCUUGCUGACGGUGAAUUGGCAAUAUCGACGUGGGAGAGUGGUGCAGCCAGCAUCGCGUGCAUGACUUUUCUCGGCACGCAGGCAGAAGAGCAAACCUCGUCCUACGUGCCAACGUCUUACUCAGAGUAUAAGCGUCGGACAGCGAUUCACAUCUUCACCAGAGACAAGCUGGGCGUAGCGUUUACGGGCCGGCCGCCGCUCAUCAGCCAUCGCUACUUUUCCACGCCCAUGCCGCUGGAUAUUGCUGACCAGGAGCUCCUCGACGCUGCGAGUCUUGAGCGCGCGGCGCGGUCCGUCGAUGACAAGGGCUGGAACACGGACGGCAAGCUGCAUUCGAGCACGGCGAUUCGCGCGCGAUUCAUGAUUUCCAUGAUUCGUGAUGAACUUGUCGAAGCGACCCUGAGCAAAGCUAGCCAUGUCAAUAUUGAUUAUCUCCUGGACCUGCGAAGCAGACAAUGCUCCUUGCCGGAGCAAUUCCCAGAAGGGCUGCGAUUCUGCGCUAGCGACCUUGCGUCUCCGGAUGUACCGCCCAAUGUGGCGUACAUGAAGACGUUUACGCAUCUGGAGCACUUGCAGAAUCUAUUUUUUGCCGAGCGGCUUCUACAGAGAUACAACCACGCAGGCAAUGGAGAGCUGCUCAUUGGCAGCGUGACCAUGGUCUCGCUCACUCUGCACUUUUGGAUGAACCAGGACCGAUUCUCGACACCUACGAUGCGACGUAAUUUCGAGUGGAUUGUCCUCUCGUACGGUGCACCCGGCGCCGGCGUGCUCUGCCAGGAACUCCUCUACCCGACCUUUCGCGGCAGCCACCCGCUGGACCCCAAGGUCAGCCGGUCGAGCAUCAUCCAGCAGCUGAGCAUGCUCGUCGGCUUCUUUGACUGGGUGCGCGACACGGCGCCCAACGCGCAGCUGUGCUGCAACUGCAGCGUCAUUAUCCAGCGCGUGCUCGACUACACGCUCAACGGCGGCGCGUCAAACGGGGUAGGGCCGGAUAUGGUGGAUUGGGGUGUCUUUGAUCAGCCGGAUUUUAGCUUUGAGCUGAUGGAUACCUUUGACUGGCUGCGUUGA